GUUGCAAAGCGAGGACCAGUGCAACCAGUGCUCUUUGGGCAAGCAGGAAAAAUUCCUGCAGUGUUGGAAGGGUUUGGUGGAGAAGUUCAAACCAUUACGUACCGGCAAGCUCUGUCAACCGCUGGCUGCGCCGGUUGGCCACCUCUCGACCACCACCUUCUCAAGGCUCGCCGAUGAUGUUAUGCCAUGUCAGAGAAACUCGGGCAUUCGUGUGAGCAGAGAAUCAGCGGUUCGGGCUGUUAUGAGGCACGGCUUGGCGCAAUUUUCGUCAACUGCUGGCCGUCUCGCGCCUUGCUUGGUGUUUCUUUGUUUUGGAGAGGGAGGGUUGCGGUUGGAAUUUAUAUCAUUUGUACCGUUUGUACAGCAGCUCUGGGGUGUUUGGUUGGCUCGCCAGGGGACAAUAUGCAUAAAUCUUGGUUACUGGUCACUAGCCGUUCGCAAACUGACGACAGACAAGAAAAGAAAGAUGAACACCAGUGUAGGCUGCCCGAUUCUAGCAGCAGCUUCCAGCUUCCACAUGUCUGCUGCAGACAGCGGGGCGAAGUCUUGAUUGACAGCAGGGUCCUGUCGCCGAGUUCGCGGUGCGAGGUGAAGUGUACAUAAAAAAUGCGGCAACCGCCCAGACGGAGCGCCGAUGGCCGAUGCGAUGUCCAGGUGACAAAGGCUCUGGCCAUUCUCGCUAGUUUCCAUGAGUAAUAAAGACUUUUCCAGAGUGUUGGAGCCGCGCUCCGAGCUUGUUUUCUCGGCCUGCAUCGGUUCCCGCCUUAACGUCCCCUAUUUAAUUCAAAUCCGCCAUGUGCUUGUGCGCAACUGUCUUGCAUCUGCCGUAACUGAUACUACACCUCCUACUCAUACCUUGCAACAUUACACAUUAUAUCCAAUUGUUGACUUUGCCGUUGUGCAACUGCCCUCGAACUGCAGGCCCCAUCCCUCCGCUGAGCUUUGCUGCUCCAUCAAACUCUCCGUUUCAUCAACCGUCGUCAUCGAGUGAUCUUGGUCGCAGACUCGACUCAUCGAAAACAAGCUACACCGCUCGUGCCUGAUCUGUUCAGUCAGAAAUUGGGGCGAACCUGCUUUGCUUACCUGCAACAAAAUAACACGAGGCUAAGGACAGAACCGCACUGUCGGAACCUCGACAGACGCACGUCUUUUCCAUUCCGACCUUUCUCGCCCUCCCUGCAUCAUUCACUGAGUGCAGAGAGACAGACAGCAUUUUAUAGUCAGAAAUAGCAGGGCUGACCACGAAUUGCGGAUCCCGAAUCUGAAAAAAAAAACCACACCAAGCUCGCAACCUUCCCCGCAUCACUGCAUCCAUCGCAGACUUCCUCUUACCUAAGAAGCCAUUGCCUUGACUAAUAGAAAGCCCCCUCGUUCCUUUUGGACAGUCUUGUGAGACCACGGCCCGCCCUCAACAGAUCAAGCAGCUGUCAACGGUGCCUGAACACCCUGCCCUGUUGCUCUGACCAUCCAUCGGAUCGAAUCAAUCUCUCUGGAACGGCCCUGUCGCCAUCUCUUUCUUGCAUCGCACACCUGACCUGCCGGCGCUGCAAUUUCUCCCCGGACCCCAGCCAAGCCCGUCCCAACACAUCCCUCACCCUGUCGCCGCUGUCUUUCCCCAUGGCGGUCUCCAAGCCGAGACCAGCCCAUUUGCACGUCUCCCCCCUGGGAACACCUUCGAGGGACUGCUCCCCGGACUACUUAACCAUGACCCGGGAUCGGCCUGCCACCCCGGACCGGGCAUCCCGCUCUUCUUUCUCGUCCAUCCGGGAAAACGAAAGCACCUUACCCCAGUGCUUUUCCAAAACAAAGAUUUCAUCCUAUCUCGACCCUGAGGCCAUCGACGACUUGCUCUCUCCUCCCAGCCCGACAGGAUCGACUUCUAGCACCGAGUCUCAGGAACUGAAGAUGAUCCAAACUCAGACUCACACCCACACUCACACUCAACCUCACACUCAAACCCCCACCAAGUUCCUGCCGCCCGUCACGAACCCCAACAGCCGGCUCCUUGGAUAUUGGACUCCUGCCGAUUCCUUCAGAGGCUGGAAGGAGAUUCAGGUCAAGGGAAAACUUGCCAGUAAGAGCUUCGGAGACCUCCAAAUCCUUCAUCAGGUCUUCAAGGACACGCCCAAGCCCACCAAGCGUGGGGGUGCCAACAGACCCGGCGAUGCUCCUCUCGAGAGACUCCCGACUGAGAUUUUGACCUCCAUCAUCAACCUUCUUGCCCUUGAUGUCCCCCCCAAUGGGGUCUCGAGGCGCAAUGUCGAUCUCAUGUCGUUGUUGCUGACCUCGCGGACGCUUCACAUCGCGACCUUAACCACUCUCUACAGCAAGAUCACGAUUCCCCACUCGCGAAUUUUCCAAAAGUUCCUCGCCCACAUUUCGGAGCACUCCACCCUGGGCACAAUUGUGCGGCGGCUUGAUUUUUGCCACUUCAACCCUGCGCAGCUCUUCUCCACAGCGGCCGAACGCUCACAAGCGCGCAACCUUACCUCAGAAACCCUCCUCCGAUGCCUCGACCUCACCCCCAACCUGCAAGAGUUUCUUGCGCAGGAAUACCUCGACGAUGAUUUGAACGCCGAUGUAUUGCGGAAGCUCUUCCUUGGCUUGCCAAGGCUGCAGGCGGUGGAUUUCUGCGGUUGCACGUCGACCAAGUUCAAGGAGGCUUUCACAUCGAUAGUGUCGCCCGACUGGCCCCCUGUGCUUUCGAUCCGUCGUCUCUCACUGCACAAGUGCCUCACCCUGCCCUCGGUCGUGCUCGAGACCAUUCUCCCAAGGCUAAACCACCUUACGCACCUCGAUGUUGCGGGUACGCGUAUAACAGACGCUGCCCUUGCUGCGAUCCCGGUGACUGCCCGCAUUACACACCUCAAUCUGGCCAAGUGCACGCUUUUGAGUGCCAGGGGCGUCAUUGACUUCCUGACCAACCACCCUGCCGCCAAGGAGCUCGAGUUCUUGAGCUUGGCCACCGAUGCCAGAAGCCACCAGCUUUUCGACGCCGAGAGCCUCAACGAAUUGCUUCCUGUUCUUCCCAGGACCCUCAAGUCUCUCAGCUUAAAGGGCAGCAAGAUGGAGCCCUCCCAUGUUGAGCUUCUCCGGCCGCUGACCAAGCAUCUCGAGGAGCUUGCCAUAGGCCGCUCUCUCACUUUGGCGGACGUUAACCGCCUUUUCGUUCCUGACGAGAACACCGAGGAUGAUGUGCAGAUGCAGCUGGACUGGGUCCCUCAUACUCUCAAGUAUUUGGACCUGUCUGACUUCUGGGGCCAGGAGCUCGAUCUGGUCUAUCUUUUUAGCAGCGGCUGCGCCAUUCUCAAGAACUUUUCUGAGCCAUUGGAAGUUAUCGAGGUUGCCGAAGAUGUGUUCAAGAGGGUGAAGAAGUCGGCCGCGGCGGUGGAGCGUGCUGGCUGGAAGAUGUCAGAGUGUGGCAGCCGAGGAUGGCUGGUGAGACAGCCGCUGAAUGACGCGACGACUGGCAAGCCUAUUGUCAGGGACGAUGGGCGUCGGUCGUGGAAGAUGGGAGCUGAUUCCUGGGGCAUGAGAAAGAUCCCAGUUGCGAGGUCUGAGGUUGGCGGAAUGUAUGGGAGCUUUAUGUUUGGGCGCAAGCUUUGAAAGCCUCUCCCUUCAAUCGGGAUUUUCAAAUUCCUCUUUUUCUUUUCUGCGGAGUGGGCUCGGCUUUAGCAUGGUUGUUUGGGUUUGUUGAAUGAAAAAGGCAAAUUCAGGGCAAGCGAGCGACUGGUGUUUCGGAUAUGAUUUAGCUUUUCUUGGUGUUGGAUAUCGCUUCUCGUUUGUUUUGGGGGUACUGGUUUGUUGCUUUUUGCAUCGCAUGGGGAGUUAAAUGGGGAAAAUGACGGUGGGACUGUAUCACGGCGUACGAUUGAGAGGACAACAAAAAAAGUCAAAAAAGGGCGCAUUGGUACGACCAAUACAAAGAAGAGUUGGAGGAGAGAACAACUUCAAAAAGUAUAUAUGUCCUUUUAAUUGUAUUAACUAACCCGACUGUGUAUGAAGUAUGAGAAAGAAGUAUAAGAAUCCCGAUCAAUCUCAUGGGUUUGCUGCCGAG